AUCGAUACGCCCUUUUAUCUGGCCACUCUACCUGUGGGCACAAAGGAACCCUAUGGAGAAUUCGUCAGCGAACGUCAAGUUGUUGAUCUCGAUGCACCGUUUUACUUCUGA